UUUACUCUGUGGCUGUCAUGUCAAGCUUAUGUCAGCGACGUGUUUCUAAACGAAAAUUUCUCAUACAUAACCCACUUGGAGCUUUUAUUUUUCUUUAUUGUGUUUUUGGUAUGUUUGUGUUGAGUUUAGGCUUAUAUUGUGAGAGGAAAAAAAAUUGCGUUGGUUAAAUAAGUGAUAAAAUGACAUCUUAAGUGAAUAUGUCGUUUAUGAGUUGAUUGUGAACAGUGUAAAAUUAAUGGAGCUGAAGGUCUGGGUCGAGGGAAUACAAAGGAUUGUUUGUGGGGUUACUGAGACCACAACCUGCCAGGAUGUAGUUUUUGCAUUGGCUCAUGCCACUGGAAAAGUGGGCAGAUUCACACUGAUAGAGCGGUGGCGGAAUAAUGAGCGGCUACUGGCGCCGCAGGAGUAUCCCCUGAAGAUCCUAAUGAAAUGGGGAGAAUACUCCAAUGACAUCCAGUUUAUAUUAAGACGGUCAGACUCUGGCAACAACCAGAAACAACAACCUACCAAUAGUUCCAGAUCUCCUAUAGGAAAUGGGGGCCAUACCACAUCAAAUCCUAACAUGCUUGACAGCCAGAACUCUCCAAAUAGAACAUCAACAACACCAACUUAUAGUAAUAAUAAUCCAAAUAACACAUCACCUGGCAACCCUGUUGGUGUGGUCAAGGGAGUGCAGCAAGCCAAAACACCUGAGUCUGACAGCCCUGUGCUGAAAGAUGUACCGCCAUACAGAGAACCACCACCGCCAUAUCGUUCUCCGCCCCCACCGUCUCAAGCAGUCAGGAAGUCUCCGAACCGCAUGCGUUCCAACAGGCCGCAGCAUAUGUCUCCAGUAAACUUGCCUGAAGAGAGCCAGGAGAACAGGAGUCCUGAGGCAGUCAGCUACAACAAUCAGUAUAGGGAACUGGUUUCUCUUGUCAACUAUCAAAGGGAAAAGUUGUCGAGCCAACAAGUGGAUCUUAUCAAGUACGACGCAGAGAUCGGCUUCUGGGAAAACAAAGGUCGGGAGCAGGAAAGACAAGUGGAGUUAUUACAGCAACAAAUUAGUUCAGCGGACAACCAACUACGGAUCAGUACUGAGCAGGUACAAGCACUGAACUACGUAGAAGAAGAGAGUGAAAUAGUGAAACAGAAUGAAAAGACGAUAAAGUCUGAGAUUGUCCUGGUGCGGUCGAAGCUUGCCAACUGUGAGACGGAACUGUUGCAAUGUAAGAACAAGAUUAGGAAGCUCAUGGAGGAGAUACAUAAUGAACAGAGAAUUAUUAACAGUCGUCAUCAGGAUAAUAGGCAGUCGCUGGAGCGAUCAAUGCUCGCUGAAAUGGAGAGUUUACAAAGUCAGAUACAGCAGGCGAAGCACGCGACUGAAAUCAACAAUCUCACCGCUGAGAAUUUGAAGAGAGAGGUUGGAGUGCUAGAAAAUGCCAUAAUGGAAAAGAAGCGCCAAGUGGAGCGGUUAGUGCAGGAGAUGAAGGAGGCCAACUUGCAGAGCCUGACCGGCAGCGUGGACGAGCUGCGCCAUCCCUUGGACGGUAUGGCUAUGCAAGGCAGGUAGCGCUCGUAGAAUCAUCGGGUCUCCGAGACAGCUAGAGAACGCAGCGCCCACCAAUAAGAACCCCCACGGCGUAUGGGUAUAAUCCAAUGAAACAUUACUAUAAGACCGGCCAUUCAUGUUCCCCCUAUUUAAAUGCAACGGCCUAAUUUAAGUAGCGAAGCAAUUCAUUAGAUCAAAAUAGAUAUAAUUUUUUAAUCUGGGUUUCUGAAUCAAAUUGAGCAAGUAUUGAAUCUCACAAUUAUAAUUUAGAUGUGUUUCUGUUAUAAAAAAUGAAUUUGUUUUGUCAAAGUAAUAUCAUAAAAAAAAACCACUUCUUCUAUUAUGAAGGCAGGAAACAAUGUUAUAUUAGUUUUAUUUUAUAUUUUGUAGAAAUCAACAAUUUUAUUAACAUAAGACUAGUUUUUUUUUGUUUGUUUGAUUUAGAAACCCAGGCUCAGUGCUGCUAUAUAACGUGCACGAUAUUAUCUUGUGGUACUUUCUAUAGCUUACGGUAGCGGUUAAUUUAUUAGUAUUUGUGUUCAAAUUAGUGUCAUAUUUAAUUAUUAUUUUGUCACAAAUUAUUUUUUUAGUAAGUGUGUAUUGGAAUAUUUAAUGGAGUGUACUUAAAAGUAUCGGCUUGAUAUUUUUACCUUACACCGAAAGUAUUAUUUUGUCUUGCCGUAUAGUUAACGUUUUUUUGAUAUUGAUCGAUAUUGGAAUUAGAUGGAACACGUGUAUUUCAAUUGUUAACAAUAUUAUUUAGUUGCGUGCAUCGUGUGUUGUGUUUUGUGUGUGAAUUUUAAUCAAAUGCGAUAUUAUGUAAUCGUAGGUUUGAAACUAACAACGCAUUAGUUACAAAUUACUCGCAAUCAGUUAUCCAUUUCAGUAUCUAGUUUCGUAAUUUUAUCCCAUCUAUUAUUGUGUUCUGUAUGUCGGAGAUUAUUUUUAACUAGGAAAUGUGGAGCGGUGAGUGGAUGGGCCAUGUUGAGUAAUAUUGAGCAAGCUUGGUUCCAAUGUGUGCUCCUAACGCCCGAAUGCUGAAACGGUUCACAAUUUUAAGCUGGACUUAUAUCUCUUGUAAUUGAAUAAGCAGCUUAAAAUUGAGGAGUAUUGUGUAUAAGUAUUAUGCCUCUUGUACUGCACUGUAGCUGCAAAUAGGUGUGCUAAGUUCAAGUGAAAUAUCAAUGUACCAUUUCAAUCUAUUUAUAAGAAUUACACUUCACUAUAUUACGAAUCUCUACGACCUAUAUUACUGUUUAAAAAAGGUAUUUACACUACGAUUAAUUUGCAAUAUAGAUACUUAAUUAUAAUAAUAAAUCUAGUCGAAAGUUUAAGCCAUUGCAAUAUUUUAUAAACAAAUAUUAACCUUGAUUUUAGAAGCAUUUUAAAUAUAAUAAUGGCAUUUAUUACAAAUCAAAUUAUUAAUUAUUAUAGUGUAAUAGAUGUAGUGUGUACUCGCUGCGUAUUAUUUAGAUGUUCUAUGAGACUUGAAGAAUAUAGUAUGUUUUGUUUCCUACAUGGCAACUAAUUGUAACUAGACGAUUUGUGUAUACUUCAUAUUAUAAAAUAAAGGACAUAUUGUAUACUGAA